CUCUCCACGGCGUCAGCACCGCCUCGCUACCCCACAGUCCCUUCCCGGAAUCGCCACAAAAGCAAAGAGAAAGAUCCAAGAAAGCAAUGGGGAAGAAAAGGCCGCACCAGCACCAUUCUCCUCCGUCGCAACCCGAUCCCAAGAAGAAAUCCACACCGAAGCUUCCAGUCUUCGCUUCCUACCUAGACGCCCCAAGCCUCCUUCCCAAAGUGAAACUCCUCUGCGAAAUCAUCGCCACCACGCCGUCCUCCUCCGUCGAGACCCUCCUCGAAGACACCGGUCUCCGCGUCUCCCGGGAAGACGUCGAGAACGUCCUCAAGCUCUCCUAUGCUUUCCCCGGCCCCGCGGUCAAGUUCUUCCGCUGGGCCGGCCACCAGCUCCACCACCAACUCUCCCCCUACGCGUGGAACCUGGUGGUCGACAUGCUCGGCAAGAACGCCCUGUUCGACGCCAUGUGGGAUGCCGUCAAGUCCAUGAGGCGAGAAGGUUUGAUCUCCUUGGCCACUUUUGCCUCUAUCUUUAGUAGUUAUGUCAUUUAUGAUCGAGUUAAAGAAGCCAUUAUGACCUUCAAAGUUAUGGAACAAUACGGGUGUCCAAAGGAUGUUGUGGCAUUGAAUUCGCUCUUGAGUGCCAUUUGUAGAGAGGGGAAAACUUCUGAAGCAGUGGAAUUUCUGCGGGUGGCCAAGAAUGAAAUUAAGCCGGAUGUGGAUACUUAUGCCAUUCUGCUUGAGGGGUGGGAAAAUGAAGGGAAUGUGAUCUGUUCUAGGGAGACCUUCAUGGACAUGGUGGUUGAGAUUGGGUGGGAUCCUGGGAAUGUUCCUGCUUAUGAUUCUUUUUUAAGUACUUUGCUCAAAGGUCCUGAUGGGAUGAUUGAAGCUCUGAAAUAUUUGGAGACAAUGAAAGAGAGGAAGUGUUCUCCUGGUGUGAAGUUUUUCAAUGUGGCACUGGAGGAUUGCUUGAAAAAUAGUGAUGUUAGAGGAGCUAGGUUGCUUUGGGAGGCAAUGGUGGUGAAAAUGGGGUUCAGGCCAGAUAGUCAGAUGUAUAAUUCGAUGAUUGCUCUGUAUUGCUAUACAAACAAUACUGAUUCGGCAAAGAAGAUGUUGGAUGACAUGGUUCUGUAUGGUGUAUUCCCGGAUGCAAAAUCAUAUAACUUGUUAUUUCAGUUCCUAAUUAAGAAUAGGAAGCUGAAGGAGGCUUUGGCAGUCUUUAUUGAGAUGGUUAAAAAUGAGUGUUUCCCUACUCAGGCAAAUUGUGCUGCAGCAGUUAGGGUUUUUGUUGAAAAUGGAGACCCUUAUGUGGCCAUAAAAGUUUGGAAGUUCAUGAUAGAAAAUUAUGAUUCUGAUUUGGAGGAGACUGGAAAUUUUUUGGUUGUUGGGCUUCGUGAUCUGAAUAUGCUUCCAGAGGCAGUUAAGUAUGCAGAAGUUAUGAUUGAGAGAAGAAUCAAGUUGUCUUCUUCCUCCAUGUCAAGGUUGAAACAGAGCCUUGCCAGGGAGAGGAAGGAAUUUGUUUAUGAACAACUUUUAACUAAGUGGAAAGCUCAUUAGGCAGGUGGGACUUCUAAUAUAAGUUUAUUGCAUUGCUUAAAUAGACUUAUAGACCAUCCAUUGUGUCUUUUUGGCUCCAUAUUUUUCAUUACCUGAGAUAAGAAUUGUAUGCAAAGGUUAAAUGACAUUAUGACAAACCUUUUGUAUUUAUAAUACUUAAGAGGAAAUGCAACAAAGUUGUGCUUAUAUACAGACAAUGUUUUAUUGAGCCUUUUGCUAGUCAUAGUAAUCAUCAAGAAAAAAUGAGGAAAAUAUAGUCUAAGAAGCAGGUCUUUAGCAUUAUAAACACUAUUGUUUUGUUUCAUCUUCUCCACCAAAUCUCAUGCCAUGGUGUGUGCUGUUAUUUCUUUUAGCAUCACCAAGUUCUUUUUGCAAUUUCAAACUUGCUAUAAUCAAUUAACUUGUUUCCCUUGCGUAUAGAGAUUUAGUGAAUGUUGAGAACCUAGACUAAUUUACAUGGUGAAUGGCUUUACCUUCUCUGUUCUUCUUUUCACCUCUCUACCAGCAACCUAAGAGCAAUGAAGCGUUUUUUUACUAGAUCCCUUACCCUUUUCAUCACAUGGCCAACAACCCAGCAGCACUUAACCUCAUUAAGCAGGUUCGUCUUUCUAUCCCCUUUUUUCAUUCACAAAGUUUCUUCUUUUUCGUUGUGGUAUUGCUAUGGAUUUAUUGUUGAUAAUGCUGUUUGGAUUUGACAUGUAAAUUUGUUGAAGGGCUACUUAUCUAGAAAUUUCAAUUUUAAUGAUUGAACAUAUAUUCAAGACAGGAAGAGCUAAAAACAAGUUGCAUUUUGUCAUAGCAUGUAGUGAAUUUGGUGGUACAUUGUAUCUUUGUACGCUGCGAGUGCGACUGCAUCAAAAGAAUCUUUCGGUGACCACAAGCCCUUGGCUUUUAAGUGCCAGCAUGAAUAGAGAUGCCAAUGCAAUUUUUCCUCUCCUUUCCUUUCUCUUUUAAGUUCUUUUUGUUUAUAAUGGAAAGUUGCGAACUUGCAAAUUGCUUUGUGGUAAAGUGGAGAUGUGAUUGGGAAAAGAAAUCUUAAAGCAUUAG